AUGGGGGUGAAGGAAUUCCUACGCAUGAGUAACGGAGAACGAGAUACAAGCUAUGCUCAGAAUUCUUUCAAUAGAUCGGUGAUAUCAACUGCAAAACCUAUCCUAGAGAAGGCCAUUGAAGAUCUCGUGAGCGAGGGCCUUCCCUCUAAUGUCUUAACCAUUGCGGACUUGGGUUGCGCCUUCGGUCCUAAUACGUUCACAGUGAUCACUACGAUCAAACGAAAAGUAGAGAAAAGGUGCAACGAAUUAGGUGUAAAACAGCCAGAGCUUCAAGUUUUCUUAAAUGAUCUUCCUGGAAAUGAUUUCAACUCAACGUUCAAGUUCUUUUUUGAAAAUUAUCAACAACUUGAAGGAGAAAGGAUCGGCGAAGAUGGUAAGAAGUGUUUCAUUGCAGGUGCUCCUGGCUCCUUCUACGAGAGACUAUUCCCCUUGAAUAGUUUACACCUUGUCCAUUCUUGCUACAGUGCGCACUGGCUCUCUCGGCCCCCUCCCGUCCAAAGCUUACUGGAACAAUUUCAAGAGGAUUUUACUUCGUUCAUCAUGUUGAGAUCAAAAGAGUUGAUCCCCAACGCUCGUAUGGUCUUGAUACUUCAUGGUAGACAAGGCGGCGACCCCUCCUCAGCUACCUGUGAUUAUUGGGAACUAUUAUCAGAGGCCCUCAUAGCUAUGGUUUCAGAGGGACUAAUUGAGGAAGAGAAGUUAGAUUCUUUUAAUGUGCCAUAUUACACGGCAUCAUGCAAGGAAAUUCAAGAAGUAAUAGACAAGGAAGGCUCCUUCGACACAAAACAAUUGGUAACAUUUGCUCUAGAUAUUGGGGACAAGGAAGAGACAAACAUGCAAGUUAAGGGAGAUAAGGUAGCUAAAAAUAUCAGAUCAGUUUCAGAACCCCUGAUUUCUCACCACUUUGGACAUGAGAUUAUAGAACCAUUGUAUGAGAAAUUUACUUGUUUGGUAAUUGAUGACAUGGUCAAGAAGCUUCCUAUUGAACUUGUGAGCAUUGCCAUCACACUUCAAAGAAAGGGCUAG